AAAUCAUCAACUGAUGAUCUCAUUGAUCCUGAAACGAUUCUCGAUACUUUCAUUACCAAUACCACCAUUGCCAAAAUACAGGGCACCAAACUUUUCGCUCAUGGACUCUUCUUCAACAACCUCCUUCGCUUGUGGCUCCCAGAGGCUCCUUGCUCUGGCUCAGCAACUCCGCCUAUAUAAGGCACCUUCUCCCUCCGACGAUGAAAUUGAGGAGAGGCGCAUCGAGGAGACUGCAGGGAAAGUUGUGUCCCAAGUGGGAUUUCAAGAAUCGGUCACACCUGUUGCCGCAGAUCCAGAGAGGUUUAGACCUAAACGAGCUGCGGUUUUGAUCUGCCUCUUUGAAGGUGAUGCUGGGGACUUGCGUGUCAUAUUGACCAAGAGGUCCUCUAGAUUGUCUACUCACUCGGGUGAAGUUUCGUUGCCAGGUGGUAAAGCAGAGGAGGAUGAUAAGGAUGAUGGAGAGACAGCAACAAGGGAGGCAAAGGAGGAGAUUGGUUUGGAUCCUUCCCUUGUUGGUGUGGUUACUGUUCUUGAACCAUUUUUGUCCAAGCACCUCUUGAGGGUGGUUCCUGUAGUUGGCAUACUUAGUAAUACGAAAGCAUUUGUACCGACACCAAAUCCAGCUGAAGUGGAAGCGGUAUUUGAUGCGCCAUUGGAAAUGUUCAUCAAGGAUGAAAAUCGAAGAGAAGAGGAGCGUGAGUGGAUGGGAGAGAAGUAUUUGAUCCAUUUCUUUGACUACGAAACUGAGAAUAAGAAGUACUUGAUAUGGGGUUUAACAGCUGGGAUUUUGAUUCGGGCUGCAUCAGUGAUUUACCAGCGGCCAGCGGCGUUUGUCGAGCAGAAUCCUAACUUCAAGCUCCCUAGAGUUGUAAAUAAAGAUACUGUUAUGCGCUAGAUGUUAAAGGUAAUUUGAAUCUUGCUCUGAAUGCGCCAAGUACAGCUUCUAUUUAUCACAACGCGGACCUGCUGGAAGUUAUUACAUGUUAAAAGUAAGAAGUUAUGUUCACUGAAACAAUAGCAUUGUUUAGGCGUACUACAUUAUUAAUCUGAGGCCAAGAAAAGCUGGUCCUCUGGAGAUUCCAUGCAUCAAGUAUCAAGAAAUUCUUGGGUGAUCGAGAAUUAUUGAGUGCAAAAUUCUGGAGCUGUCGCAAUUGACUUCCUUCUGCUUUUCUAUAUUCAGUGAUGCUUGGGAUGAGGGGCCUGGGUUUUAGUUCCCCCGUAGCAGAAAAAAAUUGCAGAAAUUCUUGGGUGAGCGAGAAUUAUUAAGAGCAAAAUUCUGAAGCUGUUGCAGUUGACUUCCUUCUGUUUUUCUAUAUUCAGUGAUGCUUGGGAUGAGGGGCCUGGGUUUUAAUUCCCCUGUAGAAGGGAAAAAAUUGCUGAAUGGAUUAAAAAUUUCUGCUUGUGUAAGUUUCAACUACCAAGUUGCUAUUGAAGGAUUUGAUUCUUAGUUUUGUAAAAGCUAAUUGGGUUUUUCUCAGCAGAAUCAAUAGGCUAUUGUGAUGCGACAGUAUCUUGCUCUUCAAAUUUACAAAAGAAUGUUUUAGCAGUUGUUUCAA